CGAGAGGAGAGAGAGAGAGAGAGAGGCCGACACACACACACACACACACACUAUGUUGCUGACGCCUGUCCGCGCCUGAGGUCGGGGCUGAGGGAAGGAACCAGAGGCCGCCAUGAAGAAACAGUUCAAUCGGAUGAAGCAGUUGGCCAGUCAGACCGUGGGCAGGGCCGAGAAAACUGAAGUGCUGAGUGAUGACCUGCUACAGAUUGAGAAGCGCAUAGACACCAUCCGAGUGGUCUCCCACAACACCCACAAGAGGCUGCUCACUUGUUUGCAGGUGCCUCAAGGCACAGAGGUGGAAAAACGUCAUAAAAAAAUACCUCUGAUGGGCCUGUCCCAGUGCAUGCAGGAAGGAUUCACAUCUAUGGGGGAUGACUCACUUAUUGGGAAGUUGCUGGAAAUCUGCAGCGAGGCUGAAAGUAAGCUGGCCUGGGAGCUCGCCCAGCACGAAGUCCAGAUCGAGAAGGACGUCCUUGACCCGUUUUCCUCGCUAGUGGAGGUUGAUAUUCCCAACAUUCAGAAGCAAAGGAAGCAGCUGGCGAGACUAGUCCUGGACUGGGACUCGGCCAAAAUAAGACACUAUCAAAUGCAAAAAACGUCAUUUUCGGGAGCAAAUAUCCAAGCUGUGGCGGCCAAGGUGGACUCGCUGCGGGAGGAGAUGGAAGAAGCUGGGAACAAGGUGGAGCAGUGCAAGGACCAGUUAGCUUCCGACAUGUAUAAUUUCACGUCUAAGGAAGGUGAUUAUGCCAACUAUUAUGUAACGUUAUUAGAAGCACAAGCUGAUUACCAUAGAAAAUCAUUAGCAGUGUUAGAGAGAGUCCUCCCUACCAUCCACACACAGCAAGAAACGUGGACAGAGAAGCCGGCCUUUGGCACAGCGCUGGAGGAGCAUUUACAACGGAGCGGGCGCGAAAUUGCACUGCCCCUGGAGGCCUGUGUAAUGAUGCUGCUGGAGACAGGGAUGAAGGAAGAGGGGCUGUUCAGAAUCGCCGCUGGAGCCUCGAAGCUGAAGAAGCUGAAAGCCGCGUUAGACUGUUCCACCUCACAGCUCGAGGAGUUUUAUUCUGAUCCACACGCUGUGGCAGGAGCCUUGAAAUCCUACCUGCGGGAACUGCCGGAGCCACUGAUGACAUAUCAGCUGUACGAGGAGUGGAUUCACGCUGCAGGGCUCUCAGACCCGGAGAGGAAGCUGCAGGCGCUUUGGACAGUCUGCAACAAACUGCCCCAACCCAACCACACCAACCUGAGCUAUCUUAUAAAGUUCCUGGCAAAACUGGCCCAGAACAGAGAUAUCAACAAGAUGACUCCCACUAACAUCGCCAUCGUGUUGGGGCCCAACCUCCUGUGGGCGAAAAGCGAGGGAACGAUGUCAGACAUGACGGCCGCCACCUCUGUACAAGCAGUGACUGUGAUCGAGCCCAUCCUGCACCAUGCUGACUGGUUCUUCCCAGAUGAAAUCGAUUUCAACAAGUCGGGGAUGUUCAGCCCCAUGGCUCCGGCCUCUCUAAACAGCGAGUGUGAGAGCGGCACGUUGGAGAGGAAGAGGCCGGUCAGCCUGCCGGCUGCUGAGGAUCCUGGAAAGAAAGACGGCCUGAGUCUAAAGCUUCCAGAUCAGGCGCCGAAUGCUCGCAGGAUUAGCACUCUGGGCAGGAAGCACAUGUCCCCGUCUGUCCUCCCGCCCCCACCGCCAGGGGAGGCUCUUAGUCUAACAGACCCUUCACUCCCGGGCUCCGAGCCUGACCCUGUCCCAGCGGCCUGCAGUGUGCCCCCUGCUGGCAGUGCCUUAGAACUGCAGCCACAAGAAACAACUGAACCCAGUUCAGCCAAGUCCAAAGAUGCUGGGAGCACUCCACCACUAGUGAGGAACGCCAGCGCAGGGCUGGGCAUGGGGACCGGGCACGGGCAGCUCGGUGCCCCCCCUAGCACGGGCACAGGACCCAGCCCACACGUCACCCGCAGAGCCACAAAAAAGCCUGCUCCAGCUCCUCCGAAGACAUCAAACCCUCCCCCCGGCCAGCCAGCAGGACAAGGAGCUAAUCCUCAGCCUGGGGGGCAAUCUGGGGGCCUGAGUCCCGGACAGCCCGUCGUACAGCCACGCAGACAUUCCAGCAAUCAAACCUCCAUCCACGCCCCCAGUCACCCCCCGCCCCAGCCCCCAGCUCAGGGGCGGGAGCAGGGCUCUCACAGCCCUCCGGGCACCCCCACAUCCCCCGGGAUCCCCACAUCCCCCGGGAUCCCCACCAUAGGAGCACACAGCUCUGGCUACCAGUUUGUACAGGACCCACCUGCCCACCCCUCACUGCCCAGCCCGACUGGCAGCUUGCAGCGACCUCGCCCCACGCCCAAGCCACGGAUCCGCCCCACUAUCCGUCCCCCACCACAGCCCGCUCUGCCCUCCCCCACCCCCUCCCUCACCACAGACCACCUGCUGGCCGGCACGUCUGCUACAGCAUCAAAAAUAGUUACCGGUUCUGAUAGCGUGCAGCGGGAGCAGGACUCUGAUCGCUCGGGCUCUGCAGGGGCGACGACAGACAAGGACCUGGGAGCGCAGGAGCUGGAGAACGGCUUGGAGAGCACAGCUCUGUGAAGAGCCUCCAGCGUGGUCUGUACCUGAACCCCAGCUUCUCACUGCUGCUCUACUGCGGAAACGCCAAAUGCAAAACCAAAUCCAAAGCAAGUUUCUUGGUUCCGUUGCCCUGGAUGUUGACAUUGGGUGGGAACUGUCUGAGAGCUUGGCAAUGCCACUGACCUCUUCACUUUGCAUGUGAGGCUCUGCCUGCACUGUUGAUCUGCGGUGUGAGGUGUACUGCACACAGACUGCGGGAUAACAGUCUCUCUCUCUCGGCUGGUCACACUUCUAUAAGUGCCUUGUGUAGCUGUCACCUUGCCUCUGCAGAGAAACUCACUGUGGUUCUCUUUCCUGUGUGUUUAUUUCUCUUUAUUUGUUAUUGUUGUGCUCUGGGAGCCGAGCUCCGUGUUACGAGUUAAUUAUUCCUGUGUUCAGCUCUGCAGCUGCAGGACAAUGGUACUGAAACGGUCAGUUUGUACACACUGGAGUCUAAAUCACGGCAACAUGUAAUGGGGGGCAGACCGCUCUGUAACCAGGGAGACGUCAACCCAGCCCACGGGAACUGCAGCGAGAGCGAAUGGAAGAGAGUUCCCAUGAGUUGGCGUGACAUAUGUCUGGAGGCCAGUCAUUUACGGGCCUUGUUUCUAUCCUUAAUGCAGAGUGAAGGGGGGGCGGGAGGGGAGAGUGAGGGUGGGG